AACGCAAAACUGUUAAGUUUUUCAGAACAACUGCAGUAAUGCCGCGAGCUCGAGACCCUUUCCCUUUUCCCAAAAACGAAAAUGACCACACUUUUACCAGACGUAAACCAUGCCAGAAACAGGCCUUUACAAAGCCCACACAUAUCGCUCAAAAUGAGGAGCCUUGGAGCCGCUUAAACGACAACCCCACUGUAUCCAGCAUGAGGAGAAGUGCUCUGUAUCAUAAAGAGGCCCCAAAAGACAGCCUGGAUUUCCAUCUCAGUGCUGCCUAUGAUAACCACCUGGAUUUCCUCCUGAAUAAGAAUGAAACUGUGUUACAGAGAGAGACUCUGAUGAAAGACUGGGGGGGUACCAGUGAUGAUGCUCCAAAAUAUGAUGAUAACAAUAUGAACAUAAGAGUGUGGGUAAACCCCCAGAAAGCUUCCAUUUAUAACACUGAAGGAGCGAUCGUUGUUCCACAAGGUGGCAACCCAGAACCGUUGAUUCUCAACGUAGUUGAAGACUAAACGGAAGAGACGGAAACGAGUGCAGUGUCUCACCAUGACGCUUCUACAAACCGAGGCUACUCCAGGAAGCAGGAUGGCGGCUUUUAUUCAAUUUAGCGCCCAAGCUACAUCCUUUUCAUUCGGACUCGUUUACAGUAAACUAGCAACUUCUGGGAUAUAAAAUGAAUAAAUAAAUAAAUACAUAUACAUGCACACACUGCCGUAAUCCAAAGAAAUAAACGAAAAAUAAACUUUCCACUAGUCAUUUUUUAAAAUUUUGAACCGAAAGUAAUACACGUAUAAUAUAUUCUAGCUAGCUAGUGCAAGACACAGUUUAGCCCAAGCUAGCUCCGGACACACAGCUGCUGGAAAGAGUUUUGGUGAAGAUCAGAAUCGCCUCUAUACUCAUAGACCGGAGAGGAAAUGCUGGAGGAAAACCUCCAGAAUCUCCCCGGCACUAGUAUAUCUGAUCAAUUCAUCAUUUCUAACCACAAUCUCCAUUGCGGUGCCCUGAAGCUGCUAUGCGGCUAUAAAAAUCCCAAACGCUCAUCGCCACAGCGGGCUAACGAGUAUCUUCUCAUCAUUUCUGAAUCCGAGCAAAGCAGCAACACGGAUCAGAUCAAAUAAGAUCAUGGUGUAGAUUUUUAAAGAUACAACUACUUAA